UCUCUCCCUGGCAGUUAAAAAAAGGGCACUAAUUACACCAUGGAUGAUAAGGUUAAAAAAGCACUUCUAGACGAGGCUUCGCAUGCCCAAGCUAUCGCUCAAGAUGUCGCCAUAUCAGGCGCAUAUUUGUAUCCUUUAAAGGGCAUAAUCUACUUUGCCUACCACAAGGACCUCUGGCGUCCCUUUCUCUCGCGAGCCGGACAAACCGUUACCCUCGGUCUCAGCGUGACAUCCGCCAUGUUCUUCUUCACAUACGUACCACAGGUCGCCAUCAUGGCAUUUACCAGCGGCCCCUUAGCGCCCUUUUCCGCAGCUCUUCUCGUUCUCAGUGAAAGUUCUACGAUCACGAACUUCCUCUCUCGCUCUUUCGUCCUCGAAGAGGCACUGACGGAUACAUUCGACGGGACGCUUGUUGCCCGCGGUCACGAAUCCCUCGUCGCCGAGGGCCGCCAAAUUAAGACGGGCAACGAUGCCAUUGCCCGACUGGGGAAGAUGGUGAAGCGGCCCCUGGACCGGAUGAAGCCACAAGCGUUGUUGCGGACGCUAAUCUAUUUGCCGCUGAAUUUGAUUCCCAUGGUAGGAACCGCGUUGUAUGCGUAUACGCAGGGGAAAAAGUUGGGGCCGGUGGCACAUACGAGGUACUUCCAGUUGAAGGGAUGGAGUGAGAAGGAGAAGGAUGCGUGGGUGGAGAAGAAUAGGGGGGCGUAUACAGGGCUUGGGAUGGCGUCGUUUGUGUUGGAGAUGAUUCCUUUCGCUUCGAUUGGGUUUGCGUUCACAAAUACCGUCGGCGCGGCUUUGUGGGCGGCGGAUUUGGAGAAAGCUCGCCGGUAGUCUCGUUGUGUAUAUAUUCAUUUUGUUCGGGCUUUGGCGUCGAAUAUAUUCCGGACUGUGUAUAUGAAAAGCAUCUUUAUUCGUCGAAACGACUUUGGAGUUCCUGGACCUUCUCAAACAUCUUUCACCGCAUUGAGUCCUUUCUCGAUCUUCAAUAAAGAAAUAGGACAAUCUUAAAAGGAGCCGAAUUUGCGGCAUUUUCAGCAAUCCAUUGGGUACCCUUUGAGGUGUGCUUUCUCAUUUGGACCUUGUUCCUCGGUAUACCCACUGUUCUCUAAAA